GGGAGUUUCUCCGGCAUAACCGCCUUUCGGUUCAAAGCAAAAGGUUUUAUUUUUAGGAAAGAGAGGUUCAUCACAAGUGCAGCUGAGAGAAACAUUAUGGACGGUAACACUACCUAUCUUCCAACAGCAUCACUCACUUCAACAGUGUCGCCUCCAAAGAGUCAAGACACUACUCUGAACGUGACGUUCUGGGUGAUCGCUGCUCUUUCCUUCACCUCCAAUUUGUUAUUUUGCAUUGUACUCCUAAGAAAACGGUCGAUGCUACGGAAGGCCCAUAACAUUCUACUAUUCAGUUUAGCUGUGGUGGACUUGCUAACUGGAGUGUUCCUCGUGGCUACUCCCGGAUAUGCCAUCUCCAAGUCUGACUAUCCAGUCCCUCUCGGAUUACGUGGUGAGAUUUUUUGUCGCCUGCUCGCCAACAGAUAUCUGCUGUUCGCUAUGGGAAAAGUUUCCAUCCUUCUUGUGGCCUACCUGGCGGUUGAACGAUGGUACUGCGUGCUCAGGCCAAUCAGAUACAAGAAUCAGUUUAACAGAAAACGUAUCAUCAUUUCUGUUUUCAUUAUGUUUAUUGUCACGUGUCUUCUUUCCAUGAAUAAGUUUUUCGAAACAUGUCUCGUAGGUAAUAAGUGUGUUUCGAAGAAAGCCCCGUACGGCAAGAACGGCACUCGAGCCUUCAUCAUUACUUACAGUUUGGUGGCAUUUUACAUUCCCUGUUUGUUGACAUGGUUCACAUUUGCCCAUAUUAUGGUAAAUCUCCCAUCAUCCCCUGGGGAAAGCGUUGAGAAUGUUAACAAACGAAGGCGACAGAAAUUGCUUCUGCGCAUGUGCGCCUUUACAGCGGCUGCUUUGACAAUCUGUGUUUUCCCCUCACAAACCAUUUACGUUCUCAGUCCUUUCGGGAUCACUAAAAUUGGUAGUCCCGUUCAUAAAGGGUUUAAUGUUCUUGUGUUUAUCAAUUCUUGCGUGAAUCCGUUCAUCUAUUGUUUUACCAACAAAGAAUACAGGAAGGAGUUUAAAAAGCUCUUGGGGUGUAACAAAGGUCAUGAGGUAUCUCCAGAGACCGAGAUGGGGACAAAUCAAACUCAAGCAACAACGGCAAUGAAAUGAUGACAAACUUGGUGAAAUCAAACAGAAACAUAAAACGGGUAAAAAUAGCUAGGCGAAAAUAGCUAGGCGAAAAUAGCUAGGCGACGUAAAAAUAGCAACUUCGACGUAAAACAAGAAAGCAUUUUUAUUGAAGAAAAAAAAUUGCCUUUGGUGGGCUGAUGAGCAGGGGAGAUGAUUGAAAAAAAUGUUGAAUGUUUCCAUGACAACUGCAUUCCGUUUUCAGUCAUCCCCACUGGCUUGGAGCCGUCUGAAACAGGCUAGAGACAUUAUUUUACAAUAAAAUUUGGUGAGGCAAAGUGUAAUCAUUCAAAUUCGCCACACGAAAAUCUCUUUGUUCUUGCAUCACUUUUCCUGAUCAAUUUUUCACCAAAGUGCAAAAAGAUACGAGCCCGGUGUUCUCAAUAACAACUGCUGGCGUCUAUUUAUGAUCUUAGAAGCACGUUGUCUCGCCUUUGUAUAGAAACAUUUAAAACCGCGAUAUUUUUUACACGUAAUUCAGUUUUCUAUGUAUAUAUUAGAACUAGAAUCCGUGCACCUAAAUACAUAACUUGUAAAGAUGUAGCACAUGGCCACAUCGACAACGUUGCACAUGCCCAGCGGUAUGCUACCUUUUCAAGAAAAGGCCAGUUACUUGUGCUUGUCUCAAAAGUUGGUUAUGACUUCAUGUAAAAUUCCUUAUUGUGCAUGCACUCGUUGUAAUAUGGUGGAAUAAACCUCAAUACUGCAACAAGAAAUUUAAGGUCAGUAAUGAAAUUGUAUGCGAUGCUUCCGUUAAAUCUGAGAGAUCGCCGGAUUCACAGAUUUAUUUUAGGACAAUUAGAGAUUCAGUUAUUUAUCAAUUGCGUAGAAAAGUGUAAAUAUGGAGAUAAAAACAAGAAAACGAAAAGUAAAUUCAGCACCAAUACUCAGACUAAGAGACAUUCCUUGCAAUAGGAAAAAAACAAUACACCGAGGUAUUACAUGGUAAAAACAAGGUUUAAGUUUACGCUGAGAACGUUCACUUGUAUCCCUUUGAUGUUCCACUGAGUAGUAAUCUUAAAAUUUUUGAAUCUGGUGUAAUCAUUUAAUGUAACAGCGGUUAUUGAAAAAAAGUAAUAAACUUAACUAUGUGUAGUAUAUAUUUCAAGGGUGGCGGGUAUUGAGUCUUAGAUUAACUACUAUGUUGCACCAGCACAGUGUCCAUCGAGUUUUUGGAGAAUGUAUCCAUAGCCUGGAAACAGACCGUCCUUCUCUGUCUCCUCAAAGAUUUAUUUACACAAAUCGUUGGAACACUCAAGAUCGCUUGUUUACUCUCGGUAGGCGAUCGUUUUGUUCGGAUACCGAUUUGCCUGGCAUCAUUGUUUCAGCGAGAUUACUGCUGUCAAACGGUUCUCAGUUCAAGAGGUGAAAAAAGAGAAUUUGCUGUAAGUAGAGUUUCCCCCGUCAGUGCGACGCAACAUACCAAGGGAGGGGGGGUAGGGGGAAAAG